UAUGUUGUGAGAGAGCUUCAUUCAAUUUGUCUCGUCUUGGUGAUUUAUGUUUUGGUUUCCGUUAUAUUUCAGGGUAAACAGGAAAUCAAGAAACCUAAAUAUGUGCAAAUUUCCGUUGAAUCUUAUUCACAUUCGACUGGACUGGAGGAUCAAGUUAAGUCUCUUGAGGAACAAGUGAGUGGCUUAGAGGAUGAAGUCAAGGAUUUGAAUGAAAAGUUGGCUGCUGCACGGUCAGAAAUGACUAAUAAGGAAAACCUGGUAAAACAAUAUGCUGAAGUUGCUGAAGAAGCCGUCUCAGGUUGGGAGAAGGCUGAGUCAGAAGCCGCGAAACUGAAAAAUCACGUGGAAUCCGUUACUCUUUUGAAUCUUACUGUUGAAGACAGGGCAUCACAUCGGGAUGGUGCAGUGAAAUUACAUCUGGAUGGUGCACUGAAGGAGUGCAUGCGGCAGAUACGAAAUUUUAAAGAAGAACAUGAACAGAAGCUGCAUGAUGUGAUUCAGAAUAAAACCAAGCAGUUUGACAAAAUGAAGCAUGAGUUUGAAGCAAAAUUAGCUAACCUGGACCAACAGUUACUCAGGUCUGCAGCGAAAAAUUCUUCACUCUCAAGGUCUUUGCAGGAGCGUUCUAGCAUGGUGAUACAGCUCAGUGAAGGAAAAGCCCAAGCUGAAGCAGAAAUUGAGAUGUUGAAGAGCAAUAUCGAGUCAUGUGAAAGGGAAAUAAAUUCUCUGAAAUAUGAACUCCAAAUUAACUCAAAGGAACUAGAAAUUCGUAUUGAUGAGAAAAAUAUGAGCGUACGGUCUGCAGAAGUUGCAAACAAGCAACACCUGGAGGGAGUGAAGAAAGUUGCAAAAUUGGAAGCAGAGUGUCGGAGAUUACGUGGUCUUGUGCGGAAGAAGUUGCCUGGGCCUACAGCCUUGGCCCAGAUGAAGCUUGAGGUUGAGAGUUUGGGUAGAGAUUAUGGGGACAGCCGUGUAAAGAAAUCCCAAGGAGGAAGGCUCAGUUUGCCAGAUUUUUCAUUGGAUAGUGUGCAGAAGUUCCAUAAAGAGAAUGAGCAACUUACAAAACGCGUUUUGGCAAUGGAGGAGGAAACAAAGAUGUUGAAAGAAGCUUUGGCACACCGGAACAGUGAAUUACAGACAUCCAGGAGUAUUUGUGCAAAGACGGCCAGCAAGCUUCAAAAGUUGGAAGCACAGCUGCAAGCAAAUGCUGAACAGAAGAGCCGACAAAAGUCCACCAUUCGACGAAAGCAUUCUGAGGGUUCCUUUAC